UAUGGACAUACGGAAGAGUGUCAUGAGGAGUCCGCCUCAGCCCCCGUCCCCAGAACCUGGUUCGGCAGCAUCAGCCAGUGAGCCGCGGCCAGAGGGUUUUUCAGACUUCCAGUUGGUCUUAGUUUCUAAAGAAGAGAUUCAUUCUGUGAAGCAGGAGUGGAGCCCCAGUCUGGGCCAGGAGGAGCCAGAUCUCCCACUCAUCAAAGUGGAACAGAAGAAACUCUUGAUCAGCCAAGAGGGAGAGCAGCUUCAAAAACAGGAGGAGGCUGAUAUCAAGUUUCCAUUCACUCCUGUCCCUGUAAAGAGUGGACAUGAUGAAGAGAAACCUCAUUCCUUACAGCGUCAACAAAGCCAAACUGAGGAGGACAAACAGGCAAAGCCAUCAGACAGCACUUCAACUCAACAGGUGAAAACAGAAGUUGAUGGAGAGGACUUUGGACUGUCAGAACCAGCCAGUAACCAAGAUCAGGAUGGUGAUUUAGAACCAACUAGUGAUGACUUCCAGCAGCUCCUAGUUCCUAAAGAGGAGGUUCACGCUGUGAAGCAGGAGUGGCGCCCCAGUCUGGACCAGAAGGAGCCAGAUCUCCCACACAUUAAAGUGGAACAGGAGAAACUGUUGAUCAGCCAAGAGGGAGAGCAGCUUCAAAAACAGGAGGAGGCUGAUAUCAGGUUUCCAUUCACUCCUGUCCUUGUAAAGAGUGGAAGUGAUGAAGAGAAACCUCACUCCUCACAGCUUCAUCAAAGCCAAACUGAGGAGGAAAAACUGGUAGAGCCACCAGACAGAACUUCAACUGAACAGAUGAAAACAGAACCUGAUGGAGAGGACUUUGGACUGUCAGGACCAGCCAGCAACCUAGAUCAGGAUGGUGAUUUAGAACCAACUAGUGAUGGUGAGCCCCUGCCUUCAGACUUUUGUGAAAGUGAGACCGAGGACAGUGAUGAUGACUGGAACAAAACUAGAGAACCUUGGUCCAGUUUGGAUGCACAAGAUAACAAUGAAACAAGUCAACAGAGAUCUGGUAAAAAACAACUUUCAUUUGAAAAAGCCCUUAGUUACUCAGUAUGUGGUAAAGGGUUUUCUCAAAGAGAAAUGCAAAGACACACAAGAUUACAUAGAGGAGAGAAACCCUUUAGUUGCUCAGUCUGCGGUAAAGGGUUUUCUAAAAAUGCAAAUAUGCAGACACAUAUGAGAACACAUAGAGGAGAGAAACCCUUUAGUUGCUCAGUCUGUGGUAAAGGGUUUUCUAAAAAUGCAAAUAUGCAGACACAUAUGAGAUCACAUACAGGAGAGAAGCCAUUUAGUUGCUCAGUCUGUGGUAAAGGGUUUUCUAAAAAUGCAAAUAUGCAGGAGCACAUGAGAACACAUACAGGGGAGGAACCUUUACGUUGCACAGUCUGUGGUAAAGGUUUCUCUCAUAAGGGAAAUAUGCAGACACACAUGAGAACACAUACAGGAGAGAAGCCAUUCAUGUGCUCAGUCUGUGGUAAAAAAUUUUCUCAAAGAGGACAUAUGCAACUACACAUGAGAACACAUACAGGAGAGAAACCAUUCAUGUGCUCAGUCUGUGGUAAAGGGUUUUCUCUGAAGGGAAAUAUGCAGAAACACAUGAGAACACAUACAGGAGAAAAGCCAUUCAUGUGCUCAGUCUGUGGUAAAAAAUUUUCUCGAAGAGGACAUAUCCAAGUACACAUGAGAACACAUACAGGAGAGAAGCCAAUAAGUUGCACAGUCUGCGGUAAAGGGUUUUCUAUAAAUGGAAGUAUGCAGGAACACAUGCGAACACAUACAGGAGAGAAACCAUUCACAUGCUCAGUCUGUGGUAAAAGGUUUUCUCAUAAGGUAACUAUGCAUACACACAUGAGAACACAUACAGGGGAGAAACCUUUUAGUUGCACAUUGUGUGGUAAAGGGUUUUCUCAUAAGGGAAAUAUUCAGACACACAUGAGAACACACACAGGAGAGAAACCGUUCACUUGCUCAGUUUGUGGUAAGGGGUUUACUCAAAAAAAUCGUUUGCAGACACACAUAAAAAUACAUGAGAAAAAAACCCAUGUGGGUGUCAAGACUGGGGUGUAGGUUUUCGGCAAAAGAACUGUCAGACAAAACGCAAGACAUAUCAAAGGGAAGAAAAUUUGAUUACCUGGCUUGUGUUAAAAAUAUUUUUUUUAAAAACUUUUCACGUACCACGAUCUGAUUAUUUAAAUUUGUGUACGGAGGACUAAACUAAUGGUCAAGUUGGAGCUCUAAAAUGGAUGUUGAAUAUCACAUUAUUGGAAAGAACAAUAUUCUGUAGUCAAUUGCGAGAAGCCUGCCAUGAAUUUAUUCAGUUUCAGAUUCUGUACUGGACAAGACUUUUAUGAGACAUGAGUGAGAGUACAGUGAUUGACUAGCCACUGAAAUGGUGAUCAAGUCAAUUUUAUUUCUUGAAGUAAAUUAAAAGCAAUAAAUUCUCCAUCUGU